GUGAGAUCUCAACCCCCAACCGACGAAAACAACUUUCCCAGGAUUCUUCGCAGCACCUUGUGCUCAUCUGCGGUUGUUUCAAACAUGGAGGAGAGAGAAAGAAAAGGUGUAAAGUCAGACAGAAAAGAAACGGUAACUGCAACCUGUUCGAGUACGCCACCAGUACCGGAGCAUGAACCAGAGGCGGGGUGUAAAGCUGGCGACGAUGGCGCAGAUAAAAUAGACGUCUGCUCCGAUAACUUCGACCCUCUCUUGGCUUUGUACUCGCCGACUGUGCCGCUUCCUUUUCCAAAUGUCAAAAGCUUCAACAAUGUGGCGGCGUACGAGAGCUUUCUGAAGGGCGGCCGGGGCAGAGCCAAACCGCAGAAUGUAGAGAAAAAGCGACUCAAGGCGAUGAAAGGGGUGGCGGACCCGGAGCGCAUCGAAAGACUGAAGAAGCUCAUUGUGAACAACCCGGUGACAGAGGAGGGGGAGAGCAGCGGCACACCGCGGAGAAGGAAGCAGAAGCUCCAGAAAAAUGUCCUGACAAGGAUGCCCUUAUGUAAAGGAAGUCCAUUGGGGGAGCUGCACCGAUGUGUUGAGGAGAAAAUACGGGUCAGAGUUCACAUCAGGACCUUCAAGGGACUGAGGGGAGUGUGCUCCGGCUUUGUCGUGGCCUUCGACAAGUUCUGGAACAUGGCCAUGGUGGAUGUAGAUGAGACUUACAGAGAGCCUCUGCUUGGAGACGCUCUCUACCAUGAAAAGGCCCUCACCAUUUCACGGCUCUUUGAGAAGCUAAAGCUCCAGGAGAGCCCAGGAGGUGAUGAGCCAGCAAAAAAGUACGAUGCCCAGGAAACAGCCAGCAAGCAUCAUCCUGCAAACCCUGAAAGUACUCCAAAAAACCUGUCUGCUGCUCAGACUACGAGCAAGAGAAGGGACAGCAGGACGGACUCCAAACUGUCAGACGCUGUUAAAAUCAAACCGGAUAAACACAAAGUCUCGCUGAAGGCCCAGGGGCCGGAGGUCUGUCAGAAGAAAGACUCUCAGACGUAUGGCAAGGUCCAUACACGCCACAUCAACCAGCUUUUCAUCCGGGGGGAGAACGUUCUCCUGGUUAACCCGCAGCCACUCUGAUUGUUUGAUAUUUCCCCCGGAUAGAAGAAAGGUUGGCUGCUACCACAAUCAAUUAGGUUUAAGUUUUAUUUUACGUUGAACAUCUUUAAUGAUGGGUGUGAAAUAGCGUUAGAUGAACUGACAGAUGUGAUUUAAUUAGAUUCAGAAGAAUCAAACGAGGACUAUUGUUAUAUCAUAUUGAUAUGGAGGUUGUUCUCUGCCCACCAGAGAAAUGAUCCUGAUCUUGAGGAAUAAAAGCUUCUCAGUUCUAAUUAUAGUCAUUUCUUGUCUCGUCUGUCAGCCACUAAAGGAAGUUUAUUUUGACACCACAGCAUAAAUAACUGUAUUCGUUCCGGUUAUUACCCAGCAGGUGGCAGCAUAAACACAUUAGUGCCAUCUGCGAGGCCAUUGUCAUCUCAAAGAGCUUGUCCCUUUAUGUUGCUUUUCCCGUUAGUUUGAACAGGAAUGACAGCGCAGUCUCAGCGGACUUCAUAAAUGCAUUAUGAAUAAUUGAGUUUGUGAAGCUAGAGAUUGCAGAUGGCACUCAAAAGCUGUCAUUUGUCUUGACGUCUGAGAUUGCUUUUACUCUUUAAUGGGCACAUUAACCAUAAAAGCACAAUUUACUGCAUCUCGUGGAAGUUGUAAAGAUGUUGCUUUUUUUCCCUUUUUUUUUUUUUUAAAUGGCAGAGGUUACUUUUGGAUGAGUGGCAGAGGAUGAUUGCAUGUUGCUGUAAUGCUUCUGGGUCUGUCUUAUUUUAGUUUUUCCUAAUUUGACUGCAGAGAUUAAUUGACCUUUUCUAUAUAUUUUCAUGCCAUAAAUAGGACAAAUUGUAGCUGAGCUGUUGUUCAUCUAUAUACUUUUCAUCUAUAUAUUAGUGUAGCCCAUUUAACAGCUUUCCUCUCCUGAGAGUGAAAAUGGGGUCAAUUGUUUAACGUAAGCUGAGUUUUAGUCGUGUUUGUCACACCAGUGUGUUCCAACAAACCUUGAUAAAAUAUGAGAAGGGCACGGUGGUGAAGAGAUGAGCCACAAUUAGACUACACAAUCUUUCUCUUGAGUGUAUUAUAUCCGAGUAAUCAGGCCAUCCAUCCCAUUAGGGCAAACUGUAAAUAGUUAAAUGGCUAUUGAAGGACACAAAGUAUCAGUUCUUUAAAUACAACACCAAUGCUUUAAAAAAAGAAAUGAAUCUUUCGUAGAACGUUAAGCUUAAAUCAAAGAACGGUUGCGAUUUCUAAACAUCUGUUGCGUUCAACCACUGCCCCUGUCACAAUAAGCAUCAGAGAUUGCCUUAUUCCAGUAGUGCUAUUUCAGUCCACUUGUUUGCCGCUACAUCCCCUCUACUCUGCGCAUAAUGUGUUCUAGUUCCUGCUCUUGUAUGCUGCAUGCACUUGAUGUGUGGCAACCUAUGGAUUUGGUAUCCAGUAAACUCAUUUAUCAGCUGAUUUGCAUGUUUUGUUGGUUUUCAUUCACUACAUUUGUUCUCCUAGCGUUCUGCCUUCAUGUAAAUUGUAAAAGUGCAUAUUUAGCAAAGAUCUUUUCUUGAUUACCUCAAACAAUAAAGUUCACAAACUCUCAUUAA